AUGCAUUCCAUGACCUUUCCAGUAAAUAAACUUUGGCAACUUGAAGUUUUGGGUAUUUCUAGCCCCACCGAAUCUGAAGGGGGGAAAGGCGAUAUUGAUUUAAAUGAUUUUAAUGACAAAAUGAAAAUUCUUCCUGAUGGAAGAUAUGAAAUUGAACUUCCUUGGAAACAUGAUUUUAAGAAUUUACCUAGUAAUAAAGAAUUAGUAUGGAGAAGACAUGAAAAAAUGAUGAGCAAAUUUGGAAAUGGGGAAUUCUUUUCGGAUUACAAGAAAGUGUUUGAGGAUUGGAAAAACUUGAAUAUUAUUGAACGUGUGCCGAAUUUAGAAUUAAAUAAAGAAUGCCAUUAUUUAUCACACCGGCCAGCGAUUAAAUUGGAAAGCCAAACUACAAAAAUUCGCCCGGUUUUUGACGCUUCUGCUUUUGAGCGAGGGAAACCUUCUUUGAAUGAAUGUUUGUUUAAGGGAAUCAAUCUAAUAGAAUUAAUACCAGAUAUUCUCGAUCGAUUUAGAAUGUAUCCAAUUGGUAUUAGUGCAGAUAUUGAGAAGGCAUUCUUAAUGUUAUCUGUUGCACCUAAAGAUAGAAAUUUUCUUAGAUUCUUUUAUCCUUGUAAUGAAUUGAUUUACAGACAUUGUAGAAUUGUAUUUGGUGUUUCUUCGAGCCCAUUUUUAUUGAAUGCUACAAUUAUGCAUCUUCUUGAAAAUUGUACUGAAUUUUAUGAUGUGCAGAAACUCAAAUGUUCUUUUUAUGUUGACAAUUGUUUAACUGGAGUUUGUAGUAUUUCAGAGGCUGAGAAUUUUAUAGAAAAGGCAAAAAUCAUUAUAUCUAAAGGUUGUUUUAACUUGAGAGGUUGGGAGAGCAAUGUGGAAUGUAAACAUAUCAGUAAACAUUCUGGAAAUACUUCAGUUUUAGGAAUAAUUUGGAAUUUAGAUGAGGAUACUUUGAAAUGUAAAAUUAAUUUUGAAAUUUUAACUUGUGACACUAGAGUUACUAAAAGAUUAAUUUUGUCCCUUGUACAGCAAAUAUUUGAUCCCAUUGGUAUGUUAGUCCCAGCCACUUUGCUCCCCAAACUUCUGUUACAGGAAACUUCGAAGAGCAAAAUUUCUUGGGACGAAAUACUCCCAAGUUGUUUUAUUGAAGAGUUUUGUAAAUGGCUAACUGAUAUAUCUUUAUUGAACAAUGUAAAAAUUUCGCGAUAUAUGGUAAUUCUAGAAAGUUCUGAAUUUCAUGUUUUUGUAGAUGCCAGUAAAAAAGCAUAUGCAGCCUGUAUUUUUGUACGAUCUGUUGAUUUGGAUGUAGUAAAAGUUACUCUUGUACGGGCGAAAUCUAGAGUUGCUCCCUUGAAAACUUUGAGCAUACCGUGCCUCGAACUGAUGGCAUGUUGCAUUGGGGCAAGGCUGGCAAAUUCUGUUCGUAAUGCCCUUGACUUACCAGAUAUUAGAAUCGCGUUCUGGACUGAUUCUUCAGUUGCUCUUUGGUGGAUCAAGGAGCAAGGAGAUUGGUCAGUUUUUGUUACGAAUAGAGUGAAAGAAAUCAAACAGUUGUCUGGAUCUCAGUUAUGGCGCCAUGUGCAAGGAAAUAUGAACCCGGCUGAUUUAUAA